AUGCAACGCAGCACUGUGUUCGGGUCUUGCGUACAGUCAGUAGGUACAGCAGCUUCGGUUCUUUUUGCAAUCAUCAAUCGUUGUGGCCACUUUUCCGACAAACCACGAGACAACACCAUCACUCGACAAGCUAAAAUUCUUUAUAUCUCACUUCUCGAAAGUGUUCAAAAAGAACGUGGUGAAUGGCAAGGAUUUUCAUUAUCGUUCGAAUCAAAUGACAAUAAUAAAGUCGACGAGAUUGCACUUAUGACUCCUCGCGAGGUUCUUACAUCAAGUAUUGAAGAACUUUCCACAAAUGAUCAACUUGAUCUUUUAAGUGAAAUUCUGGACGUGAGUUUUCGCAAUUUAAUGGGUCCGUUAGUACCUUUUGAGCUUUAUACACGACAGAAAAAAGUCAUGAUGCAGCAAAGUUUGGCUGUUCCACCGACACUUACGACACUAUUAGCAAUUCGUGAUCUCUUGACUCAACUUGAGCGGGAUGUUCAGCAUUGUCUAUUGCGCUUAUUUGCCUUGUGGGAUUUAAUUGCUCUUGUAAAUUAUGAGUCGCAACCACUUUCGAAGACAAUUGCAGAGAAAUAUGAUCAUAUUUUCAGUGAAUCGUCGGAAUUUCAAAAUCGGACGACACGGAAGAGUGAACGACAAGACGUUGUUGCGAUGAAUCUUUUGCAAGUGAUGGUGUUGUACAGAGAUCUUCUUUUCAGUGAUAUUGAGUUUAUCUUAACCAAACAGGAGCUUCGAAUUAAUGCACAACUACUCAAAACAAAUUCUGUUCUCUGGUCCACAGAUACAGAGUCUGUUUCUUUCAAGAAGGACGAUCGAUUUUGGAGCGAUAGCGAUAUCGGUAGCAGCUGUAGUGACGAGAAUCAAAUGCUACAUGACGAUACUUUAGCAGAUUCGUUGGGACACCAUGCUGCCUUGAACUCUUCUCGAUCUCGCUUUACAAGUCCAGUGGAAUAUGAAGACCAGGACUUGGAGAUUGAAGCACGACGUGACUGGUCUGUCCCAAGACCUUGCCAUCACACUGACCACAGCGAGGAUAGAAACCUGCGAUCUCGUAAGAACAUGUGCUAUUCUCGCACAACGGAUUCAUUUGCUGCUUCUAGCAAUGACAACAUAAUUCUGCAUUGCCAAGCGGAUCAUCUGACCCUAGAGCGAAUUCCAAGUGGACGUCGUCGCUCGCAACGUUCUCUCGCCUCAAACUUGAACUCGCCAACCCCCAGUGCAAACAGCCAAGCUAGCUCGAGCACAAAAUCUACAUUGCGAAGGGCAAAUGUACAGACCUCACAAAGCAGCUCGUUUCGUGAGAGAAUUGAUCGACAGCAAGAUACAAACAGGACUGAAGUGCGAUCCCCUCAAAGCUCUCGAUCCAACUUUCGCAGUAAACGCACACAUCGCAGUAGAAUUGGCUCGACCUCACGAAGUGAAGAUUUCUCGCAACCGAUGGACAUGACAAUACCAGAAAGGGUUUUUCAAAAUGAUGAAAAGGCGACCAAACGACGUGACGUGCCAAUCUUUUCAAGUAUCGUGAUUCCAGUUGCUGCUGCAACGUUAUGUGUAAUCGCAACAUGGACAACGUUGGCCAUUCAUGACAUGCGUAAAGCUCCACGCAGCUAA